AUGUCCUCGAACGAGAAGCUCGACAGACAAGGAAUCUUCAUGUCCAAUGCGAUGGGUGGACCCAUAAUCGCACCUGCUCCAUUGGAACAACUCAGUGCCAUCCUCGACGCCGGUACUGGGACUACUGGAUGGCUCUCGGAAGUGGCCUCUCUUCCUGGUUUACCCACCUCGACUGAAUUACACGGCAUUGAUAUCAACAAUGCACGGUUUCCCCACCCACCCAUGACGCAAGACGGCUCCCGACAGUUAUACCUCGACGUAAUUGACCUGACUGAGCCUCUGCCCGAGAAAUACCACAACAAAUUUGACCUGGUGAAUGUCCGCCAUGUCGUAACUUGGCUGGAUCCCACUCAGUGGGAUAUUGUCUACCGGAAUUUUCUUACUGCUCUUAAGCCGGGGGGCUUUGUGCAGGUCCAAGAUACAAGAAUGACUGUCCCAGAAGACUUUGCCAAAUAUUCUCCCGGAAUUAAGAAAUAUGUUGGUACAAUGGCGAAGGUCUUCACUCUCGACUCACCCGCGCAAGUUGAGAUUGCUCGGAUUCUCCCGUUGCUCCCGCAACAUCUACCGACCCUCGGCUACACGGAUGCUUCUCAAACCAUCUACCCACUCCUCUACGGAAAGCUGCAACCCGAUCCUGAAGUGCGCAAAGCCGGUAUUGCACAAAUGAUGGGCUCAGCGCGUGGUUUCCAGGCCCGCGGCGCAGGCUGUGAAGGGGAGCGACUGAAGAACAUCGUGGAUGGCGUCAUAUACGAGGUCCCGGCCUCCUUCGAUGAGUGGGAUGCGUUUAUUACGGAAUCCGAGCACACAUUCAACGAAGAAGGUUGGGCGUUACCAAUGAGAAUAACAGUGGCUCGGAAGCCCCAAUAA